GUUCUCCUUUCUUAUUUUAAAUAAAAAAAAUUAUUUGAACCUCUCCCUAUAUAUAUUAUAUAGGGGGUUGGUUAUAGCCGAAAUGAAAUCAUUGUUGUGAAGUAGUAACUAGUAGCAGAUUGAGAGAUGGGUAAGCUUGCAUCACAAACAAGAAUCAAGUGGGAAGGAGAUCUGUUUCACCUAUUUCUCUUCCCCUAUCAAUUCUCAGAAAUCGCUCCUCAAGUAGUUCACUCUGUUGAUCUCUUGGCUGGCUCUUGGGGCACUGUUGGUUCCAUCAUUUCAUGGACAUACAUGUUUGGUGGAGCAAAGUGCGUUGCGAAAGAGAGAAUCGAAGCGAUCGACAUGAAGAAGAAAUCGAUAACGUUUAAGGUGAUUGAAGGAGAUCUUUUGAAAUUAUACAGUGAAUUCAAAAUAAUAUGCGAGAUGGAGAGCGAUGGAGAUGGAGAAGACAAGGUGUAUAAGUGCGCGUUGGAGUAUGAGAAAAGGAGUGAUGAAGCGCCGGAACCCACCGUGUUCAUGGACUUUCUCCUUAAUUUCAUGAAAGAUAUCGAGCGCAGCCGCCGCCUCGUGCCCAAUUAACACCACCACCACCACCACCACCACCACCUUGUCUUUCCCAUGCAUUAUCACUGUGAUUGAUAAAUAAGGGGAGAUAUGGAUGCCAUCUAGAUCUAGUAACCAUCUAUGUACCACUUUUUUAACUUUAAUUGCUCCAUGCUUACUCGUCUUCUUGCUAUUCAAACUGAUGCACAAGAAUCAA